AUGCACUCAGUGGCAAGAUACCUAGGACGUUUAACCAACGUUUAUCGGCUACCUGCAAUUCGAAAAAUGAGUUCAGAAGCUAAAUUCUACCCUAUCAAAAUUGAAGCGGCCCAAAAUGAUGCCUCGCUAAAACUCAAUCACACAUGCGUUAGGGUCAAAGACCCUCAACGCAGCGUUGAGUUUUACAAGAGCAAGUUCGGAAUGGAGCUUGUGGGCCACAAGAAGUUCCCGGAUGCAAAGUUUGAUCUUUAUUUCCUAUCCUUCCCGAAGAGCAACCUACAGCACAACUCUAGAGGUGAAAUUGACGUAUUUCGCGAAAAUGGGAUGCUGGAGCUCACGCACAACUACGGUACAGAGAGUGACCCAACUUUCAAGGUGAACAAUGGUAAUGAAGAGCCAUACCGCGGUUUUGGCCACAUCUGUUUCAGUGUCGCAGACAUCGAGAAAACCUGUAAAGACCUCGAAGAGAAGGGCGUCGCCUUCAAGAAGAAGUUAACAGACGGCCGUCAAAAGAAUAUAGCAUUUGCACUCGACCCCGAUGGAUACUGGAUUGAGCUUGUAUCAUACGGAAGAUCCGACUCUGGGGAGCCCGUGAAGGACGAGGGUUACAAGUUCAACCACACCAUGGUUCGUGUCAAGGAUGCCCAAAAGUCGCUAGAGUUCUACCAAAAUGUGCUAGGAAUGAAGAUUCUGGACAUUAGCAAGCAUGAAAACGCAAAGUUUACUCUGUACUUCCUGAGCUACGACGGCGCGAAGCCCAGAUGGAUGCAAGAGAGCGUGCUUGAGCUAACACACAAUUGGGGGACCGAAAGCGACCCGGACUUCCAGUAUCACAACGGUAACUCGGAGCCUCAAGGCUACGGACACAUUUGCAUCAGCCUCGAGGACCCAGAGACUUUGUGUAAGGAGAUUGAGAGCCAAUACGGUGACAAAGUUCAGUGGGGCGUUAAGUUCAACCAAGGCAAGAUGAAGAACUUGGCCUUUAUCAAGGAUCCAGAUGGAUACUCAAUCGAGGUUGUCCCAUACGGGCUAUGUACUUAA